AUGAGAAAGAACACUUGGGAAAGCCGAUCUGCUGCGAAGCGCGCUGAGACUCUGGACAAGAUCCGACCGGAAUGGAGAUUGUCCCCAGAAGACCUUGAACGUGCCCGUCAACAGCGUAACAUCACUGGCCCUUUCAUUCAACAGUUUCUGGACGAAGGAGAUGUCUCCGUUACUUCGAUGACAAGUGCACCCAUUUUGAAGGCUUUGGGUGAAGGGAAGUUGUCGGCAGUUCAGGUCACCUCAGCCUUUUGUAAAAGGGCCGCUGUUGCGCAUCAAAUUAACAAUUGCCUGCACGAAGUCUUCUUCGAUCAGGCACUGGAGCGGGCCAAGUAUCUAGACGACUAUUUCGCGAAGCAUAACAAGCCAAUUGGACCACUCCACGGACUGCCUAUCAGUCUCAAAGACCAAUUUCACGUCAAGGGCGUCGAUACAACGAUGGGAUACGUUGGUUGGAUUGGCGGCAACCUUGGAGUAUCAGACCCGGACAAGACCCACAAGGUUGAAAGCCAGAUCGUCACCGAACUACUGUCCCUGGGAGCGGUGCUGUACUGCAAGACGAGUCUCCCCCAAACAUUACUAUUUGGAGAGACUAAGAAUAACAUCAUUGGCAAGACCUUGAACCCUAACAACCAAAACCUAUCCUGUGGAGGUUCAUCGGGAGGAGAGGCUGCGUUAAUGGCUUUAGGAGGGAGCUCUGUUGGAGUCGGCACCGACAUUGGUGGAUCAUUGCGCAUACCGGCUGGUUUCUGCGGCAUCUAUUCCAUCAAGCCAACUUCGAACCGACUUUCUUACCGCGAUGCUGCAAACACGAAUCCUGGACAGGAUACGUACCGGUCCUCGCUUGGAUUCAUGGGUACUUCCAUUGACGCGCUUGAGAUCGUGUUCAAGUCUGUUCUCGGUACAGAGCCGUGGCUUCGGGAUCCAGCCGUCUUACCAAUUCCUUUCAGAAAGGAAAUGAUGGACUCAUAUCUAUCAAGGGCUGACUCGAAGGGUAAUGUCAAGUCAGGCGAGAGGCCCUUGAAGAUGGGUGUUCUUUGGUCCGACGGGAUGGUUGGGCCUCAUCCUCCUGUCCUUCGUGGACUUCGAGUUGUUGCCGAAGCUUUGAAAAAGGCUGGGCACAAGGUGGUGGACUGGGAGCCUCCAUCACAAGAGAGAGCCACAACCAUAAUCGCAAGUUCAUCUCCUCAACUAGCUUUAGAUGCGCAUACUUACAUGUGUUAUUUGCAGGGCGGCUUCUUCAGUGCAGACGGUGCACACGACGUGCACAGUCACCUAGACCGAUCGGGUGAACCCCUGAUACCAGACCUUGAAGACGGCUUCAAGCUCAAAACCCCUACAGAGCUACUCAAGUACCAAGAUUUGACCUUGCAGGGCCUCGAGUAUGAGCGAGAGUAUUCGGAUUACUGGAAUUCCACCGAAGAAUUAGACGCUGUUAUCCCCGGAAAGUACUAUCACGGAGCGUACACCGAUGCGAUGAAUGUGACCAACUAUUCUGUUGUUGUCAUUCCUACCAUACGAGCUGAUGCAAAAAUUGACUUUUUUGACGACUCGUACAAGCCUUUGGGUGAUUUGGAUAUCAAGAACUGGAAAGCCUAUGACCCGGCUAUUUACGACGGAGCACCUGUUGGUAUCCAGAUUGUUGGAAGGAGGUUUGAGGAGGAAAAGUGUCUGGCUCUUGCUCGAAUUGUCCACUUGGUUCUUCGAGAGGCACUGUAG